UCAUAAACUACGAGAAUUUAGAUAAAAAUAUUGAAUUGGAGUAUAAUUAGUGAGACCUUAAGUCCUAAGACUCCUUUAUUGAAUUCCCAAAUCAAAGCCGCACUUAUUCUUACAUAAAUCUAAUAAUUGCUUGAAUGCCCAAGCUCUUUAUUGCCUUAAUAAUUAACUGCAGGGCGACACGUAAUGGGGCGUAACACUUCCACAUUCAUUAUUUCAGCUGUGUGUGUGUGUGUAGUGCUGCAUAAUUAAUCAAAUUUUUUGCCACGCCCCCUUAAUAGGUUUAUAAAUGCCCAGCGCAAGCAGUUGGCUGGUAAUUAGUCAAGAUGUACUCGGAGCUGGAAGUGAAAGCGCUGGAGCAGCGCAACUAUCAUCGGAUUAGGGAGAUGAUACGCGUCACCUACACGAUGGGCUACAACAUCAUGAAGCCAGGACCUUGGGACAACCUCCUUAAGUUCUGGAGCUUGCUGCUAAUACUGUUCACGCUCCUCUCUUACUACGGCCACUGGCAGCUGUUCGUGCACUACAUGCAGGACAUUCCGCGCAUAUCCGAGUCCAUUAGCACAAUUUUCCAGUCCCUGAUGUCCAUUAUGAAGAUGAUUUACUAUCUGAUGGCGCCUCGCAGAUUCUACGCGCUGCUUCGCCUCGUCUGUCGUCACGAGCUGCUGCAAAAGUGCGAGCUGUUUGCAGCUGUCUCUGAUCUGCCUGUGGCACAGCCGCUGAAGCAGCGUGUGGCCAACACCAUGGAUCAGUGCUGGAUCAGCACGCGCCGGCAAUUGAUGUUCUAUCUGUUUUGCUGCAUUGGCAUCCUGCUGAAUUACUUUGUCAAUUCGCUGGUCGUCAACAUCUAUCACGCCCUCACCGAGCCCGACAACAACUACGAAGUGGCGCUGCCUCUGCCUUCGCUUUACCCCAACUGGAUGGACAGGGGCAUGACCUUUCCCUACUACCAUCUGCCUCUGUUCCUCGAGAGCUGCAACCUCUACAUCUGCGGCAUGGGUGCCGUUAGCUUCGACGUGCUCUUCAUCGUCUUCUGCACGCAUGGCGUGGGCCUGAUGCACUCCCUCACCCAUAUGAUUGAGUACGCCACCUCGCCGCUAAUUCCCCGAGAGCGACGAGUCCAGUAUCUGCGCCAUUGCAUCUAUCAAUAUCAGCGAGUCGAGGCCUUUGCUCUGGAGCUGAACAACACCUUUAGGCAAAUCAUUAUCAUCCAGUUCAUACUCAGCCUCUUCUGCUGGGGUCUGGUGCUUUUCCAAAUCAGCAUUGGCAUUGCCACCAGCCUGACAAUAGCGCUGCGCAUGCUGAUGUAUCUGGCGGCCGGUGGCUAUCAAAUCGUCAUCUACUGCUACAAUGGGCAGCGCUUCACAACGGCUAGCGAGCGCAUUCCAAUGGCAUUCUACGAGUGUACGUGGUACGAGGAAUCCAGGGAAUUUCGGCAGCUCAUCAGAAUGAUGAUAAUGCGCACGAAUCUGAGCUUCAGCCUGGACGUAUCCUGGUUCACCAAAAUGUCGCUGCCCACCCUGAUGUCGAUGAUACGCGCCAGCGGGCAAUACACGGUGCUAUUGCAGAACCUAAUGCAGAAGAAGUAAAGAGACGGCUCCGAAACUCUUUUCGCCCAUGCUAAGCACGCGCUGCUGUUUACCCAUAUAGCAACACUCUAUCGACAGUCAAUCAAUAUAUGUUGUAGCUCGGGGCGUGCCAUUUGUUUUCAUGGGCGGUACGGAUAGGCACUGCUCGGCUGAUAAUUCAUUUAGCACAUUAAAGUAAUGAAAUUGCUGGCUGAUAACGACACGGGCAAACGCUGCCACAGACUGGCUCCACUGAUAACACGCCCCACCCUCCACCGUCCACCCCCUCUUACCCAUCGCCCUUCGCCCUUCACCCGCCAUCCAUCGACCACUGUCACAGUCCGACACUUUGCCAAUCAAUUUUAUUUGUUUAUUCAGCCGGGACAGCAGCCGCCGAGGCGGCACAUGAAGACGUUCUGGACUACUCGGAUGAGACUAACACUUUAUGCUUUAA